GACGCGUGGGUUACAGUUGCUGAGACAAAGCCGAGCGAGAUGAACAAAGAAAGACAGAGACAGACAAAAACUAAUGGUGAAUUAAAGCCUAAUUAAUAUUAAUGAUCAGGGAAAAAGGAGUUACUGUUUCUCACUUUGGCUUCUCUACUAAGUAUAAUUUAAUUGCUAUUCCAAUUUUGCUUUUGAUUCCAAUACAAAUCCCUUCAAUUUCAUUUUUCGAAUCUUCUUGGCUUCAUCUUCUCACCCAUAGAGAGAGAGAGAGAGGAUGGUUCUGUUCGCACAUAUAUAGACGGAACUUCCUUCAAUUCUUGAGAAUAGCUGGCUGUUUGGUUCAGAUUUGAAGAAAGACAAUGAACAAGAAUAAGAAGAAAGAUGUAAUUCGAUUGGAAAAGGAAUCUGUGAUUCCAAUUCUUAAACCAAAGCUUAUCAUGACAUUGGCUAAUCUUAUUGAACAUACUUCUGACCGGGCUGAAUUUCUAAAGCUCUGCAAGAGAGUCGAGUACACGAUUCGAGCUUGGUACCUUCUGCAGUUUGAAGAUUUGAUGCAACUAUAUUCCCUCUUUGACCCUGUAAGUGGGGCUCAGAAAUUGCAGCAGCAGAACCUCUCUCCUGAAGAAAUUGAUGUACUUGAACAGAAUUUCCUAACAUAUUUAUUUCAGGUAAUGGAUAAAAGCAACUUCAAGAUAACAACUGAUGAAGAGAUUGAUGUUGCACUUUGUGGGCAAUAUCUUUUAAAUCUUCCCAUCUCAGUUGAUGAAUCCAAGCUUGACAAGAAUCUUUUGAGAAAGUAUUUUGCUGAGCACCCUCAUGAAAAUCUUCCAGACUUUGCUGAUAAGUAUGUUAUCUUUCGACGUGGGAUUGGAAUUGAUCGGACAACUGAUUUUUUUAUCAUGGAGAAGGUAGACAUGCUGAUUGCACGUUUUUGGGCAUAUAUUUUAAGACUGACUCGGGUAGAAAAAAUUUUGCGCAGAAGGCAAAGUCGACGGCAUAAUAAUGAUCCAAAGAAGAACGAUGAAAUUAAUUCUGAAGCAGAUCGGGAUGAUUUUACUGUUGAACGAAUUCGUUUGGAAAAUAUGGAAUUAAGUGUUAAGAAUCUGCUAACCAGAACCACAAUCCAAGAGCCUACGUUUGAUAGGAUAAUAGUAGUUUACAGGCGAGCAGGUACCAAAUCAAAACCAGAUCGAGGAAUUUAUGUGAAGCAUUUCAAAAACAUUCCAAUGGCUGAUAUGGAAAUAGUUCUUCCUGAAAAGCAAAAUCCUGGGUUAACUCCAAUGGACUGGGUCAAAUUCCUGGCCUCUGCUGUAGUUGGGCUGGUUGCUGUAGUUGGUUCAGUUGAAAUGCCUAAGGCUGACUUGUGGGUCAUUUUUGCUGUCCUUUCCACUGUGAUUGGUUACAUUGCUAAGACAUACUUCACGUUUCAGCAAAAUUUGGCUACAUAUCAGAACUUAAUUACGCAGUCUAUGUAUGACAAGCAGUUAGAUAGUGGAAGGGGUACUCUUCUUCACCUGUGUGAUGAUGUGAUUCAGCAGGAAGUCAAAGAGGUUAUUAUCUCAUUUUUUAUAUUGAUGGAACAGGGCAAGGCUACACUGCAGGACUUGGAUCUGCGUUGUGAGGAACUAAUUCAAGAAGAGUUUGGGGAAAGCUGUAAUUUUGACGUGGAUGAUGCAGUUCAUAAGUUAGAGAAGUUGGGCAUUGUUUCUCGGGAUAGUCUGGGACGCUAUUUUUGUGUUGGCUUAAAACGUGCUAAUGAGAUUAUUGGCACUACAACCGAAGAGCUUAUCCUCAAGGCAAAACAGGGUGUUAGUACUACUUGAUGCUGCUGGCUUUGGUAGAUGAGGAGCUUGUAUAUGUAUAUCGUUCAUAACUGUCUGAGUGUUAUCUGCAGUAGAAAGCUAGACUAAUGGGCUCCUCUAGAUGUUUUUUUUUUUUUUUUUAAUCUGAUUGCUUUAUGAUCUUUUUCUCUACAUUAAUCAUUUAAUAUUUGUAAAUCACGAAUACGUAUAAGGUGUGACUUUGCUGUUUUGCUGUAAGGUAAUUAUUUCAUUGACAGUUGAUAUUCAAUCUGUUGGUGAGUUUUACAAUUACAGUGAAUGAACAUAAUUAAGACCCUGGAAGAGGUGUUUAUCGAAUUGAA